AUGGAAGGAGAAAUCAAGCUACCACGGCCAAAGCUGUUCGUAGGAGGAGUGAAGAGGAACACCACAGGGCAAGAACUAAAGGAAUAUUUCCAACAGUAUGGCCAAGUAAAAGACGCCUUUAUCGUCUACUGCAAGCAAACUUCACGAAGCCGAGGGUUUGGUUUUGUGGAGUUUGAAGACCCAUCUGCAGCUGCUCUUGCUCUUGACGAGAAGCAGGUGGAUGUGGAAGUAGCUGAAUCGAAGAAAACAGACAAUAAUGAGACUGUUGAUGGAAGCGAGGGGGAGAGUCAUAGAAGAAGCAAAAGGGUAUUUGUCGGAGGCCUGCCAUCGACGAUUACUCCAGAGGAGUUUCAGAGUUUCUCUGAGAGCUUCGGAGCAGUGAGUAAUGCAAAUUUGGUGCACGACAAACACAGCGGGAAGCCAAGAGGGUUUGGGUUCAUCACUUUUGUAUCAGAGGAUUCGGCGGAUACAGCUUUGCAGAACAGAUUCCACGAGUUGAAGGGGUCGCAAGUGGAGGUGAAGAGAGCAAAUCACAAGAACAACUACGCUUAUGACAAUUUCGCCAGAAGAUACCAUGAAUAUGCUGCCCUUGCUGCCAUGAACCAUUCUUCUUAUGUUAAUGGUUAUUAUUACAAUUACUGGUAUAACCAUCUUAACUAUCAGCAAGCUUCAGGGCUCCCUUAUUACUGGGCGCCAACGCCAGGGAACUACUGCCAUUACUACCAAUCUUGUUAUCCAAUGGCUGCUGCAAACUAUGCAAGUCUUUCAGGUGACUGGUCCUAUGAUCCAGCCAAUUCAUUGCUAUGUGGCUAUGGUGACAACGACGUUGUGGGACAUGACCAAGAAGACGCUGACAUAAAGAUUACAGACAAGAAUGGUGAAGGUCAUGAGGAUCAUGUUUGGGAUGUCUUGAGGAACUUGGAUGAAGUUAAUGAUCAUUCAGAUGAUCAACAAGGACCAGAUGGUGAGAUCAGAAUCAAUGGAAGUGCAGUUCAUCAUAACGAAGAAACCGGUAGUGAGCACCAUGAUGAUAAGCAAGUUUGGAGAAACUUGGAUGGAAUGAACAGGGAAUUGAUGGAGAUCAAGGCUGGUGGUGGGGAACAUGGAGAACUAGCUGUGGAUAGAAUGCUUGAUGAAUCAGAAUCUGGGAUUGGAAAUGUUGAUGAAGUAGAUGGGGGAAAUGCUGAAGUGGUUUCAGAGAUGGUUACAUAUUCGCUGGAAAACGGGAAGGUUGAUGGUUGGAGCAUGGAAAGGAAGCCGCUACUGAUGGAAAGCUUGGUGGCAGCAACCUGCAUCCACACUUGAAAACCGCCAGCUUGGUAGAGGUUGAUGAUGUAGUGGGGUUUGUUUACGGGUGAUUUGGGUUUUUGUUGUUUGGAUUUUGUCGCACGCACGCUUGGGGCUGAUCCACGAGUGGAGGGCCCCCAAGAAUUGCUGUCUUUUGUGAAUGGAUGGAUUGGGCUAUUAAUUUGGUCGAUGCUCUUUUAUUUUUUAUCCAA